UCUCUGGCAAGUAGCAUCUCUAUGGUCUAGUGGGCGGAGCCAGGAGCAAGAUGGCCGCGCCCGCAGCUGCCACGGAAUCUCAAGCUUCAGGGGGUCCCCAGCCCCCAGCGUGUCUGUUGGUGUUGGGAAUGGCGGGGUCUGGGAAAACCACCUUUGUACAGAGGCUUACAGGAUACCUGCAUAGUCAAGGGUGUCCACCUUAUGUGAUCAACUUGGACCCAGCUGUGCAUGAAGUUCCCUUUCCUGCCAAUAUUGACAUUCGUGACACUGUGAAGUAUAAAGAAGUCAUGAAACAGUAUGGACUUGGACCUAAUGGUGGCAUAGUGACCUCACUCAAUCUCUUUGCUACCAGAUUUGAUCAGGUGAUGAAAUUUAUUGAGAAGGCUCAGAACAUGUCUAAGUAUGUCUUAAUUGACACACCUGGACAGAUUGAGGUAUUCACAUGGUCAGCUUCUGGGACAAUUAUCACUGAGGCCCUGGCAUCCUCGUUUCCAACGAUUGUCAUUUAUGUAAUGGACACAUCUCGAAGUACCAACCCAGUGACCUUCAUGUCCAAUAUGCUCUAUGCCUGCAGCAUCUUAUACAAAACCAAGCUGCCUUUUAUUGUGGUCAUGAAUAAAACUGACAUCAUUGACCACAGCUUUGCUGUGGAAUGGAUGCAGGAUUUUGAGGCUUUCCAAGAUGCCUUGAAUCAAGAGACUACAUACGUCAGUAACCUGACUCGUUCAAUGAGCCUGGUGUUAGAUGAGUUUUACAGCUCACUCAGGGUGGUGGGUGUGUCUGCUGUUCUGGGUACAGGAUUAGAAGAACUCUUCGUGCAAGUUUCCAGUGCCACAGAAGAAUAUGAAAGAGAGUAUCGUCCUGAAUAUGAACGUCUGAAGAAAUCACUGGCCAGUGCACAGAGCCAGCAGCAGAAAGAACAACUGGAACGCCUCCAGAAAGAUAUGGGCUCUGUGGCCUUGGACACAGGAAUUGCCGCAGGGAGCUCAUCUCCUGUGCUGGACCCUUCUGAUUUGAUCCUGACUCGGGGAACCUUGGAUGAAGAGGAUGAGGAAGCAGACAGUGAUACUGAUGAUAUUGACCACAGAGUUACAGAGGAAAGCCGUGAAGAGCCAGCAUUCCAGAACUUUAUGCAAGAAUCAAUGGCACAGUACUGGAAGAAAAACACCAAAUAGUUUCUAAAGUUCAAAAUUUUAGAACUCUGUGUGAAGGACUAUCUUUAUCUCUGACUGGGGGCUACAAUCUAUAAAGGAUGGUUUUGUUCAGAAUAGCAGUUUGUCUUACUAGUGAAACUUUCUGACUCCGAUGAAGCCAGGAAUAGAUUAUUUGGACCUGAUUACCAUUGGCCUUCCCCUUGGAUUUAUGCAAGGACGCAUAUUCUGUUUUUGGACACUGAUAUCCCUUUGAGCCUAAAACCGUUAAGUUGUUAUCAUUUGAGCUCACAUACUUUUGCUACUGAUGGAUGAAACAGAGAACUUAGUAGGCUGGAUCUCUAGCCUCUACUUCCCAAGCAUUUGCCUUUGAACUUGCACCAUGAGUUCCCUUCCUUUUUAGCAGAAAGGGCGAGAGGAAACAGGAGUUUGUCCAGAAUAACAGUGGAGUCUCCUUGGCAACCAGUCAAUGUUGGUAUGAAAUGUGCCUCCCACUGGGGAGCUCAUUAUAGAGCAUCAGGUUCACUGAAGAAAGUGGGCAACAUGUAGUUAUUAAGAAUUCUACUUUAGAUGCUGGCUUGGAUAAAGAGUUUUUAAUUUUCACUUUGUUGUAAGCCUGCUUGUCAUCAUUUUAAGUAAGAAAAUCAUCACAAAUAGUCACUUCAGUUCAGAAGAGAGAUUUUAAGCCACAUGAUGUUUAUUAAAGUUCUGUGUACACACCACACCUAAUAACGAGGUAUGAAGCCAGGCCCUGUUUGUAUUGUACUUUAAUGAAGUGUGUCCUUCCUUAGUGAUUUACUCAAAGGACAUGGGUUUGGGUCAGGUGCAUAUUCCAUGCAUAAUGGCCCUGUUAAGUGUUUGCUUCGCCUCCACAUUCUUCACAGUAUCUUAAAACAUUAUUUCUCUUAAGAAAUUUUAUUCCUGCCUAACCUGUAUUUCAGUUCAGUGGUUCUCAAAGUGUGGUCUCUGGAACAGAAGCAUCAGCACCAUCUGGGAGGUUACCAGAAACGGGACAUUCAAGACCAAAAUCAGAAACUGGGGGUGGGGCGUGGGGCUUAGCAAUCUGUUUUAAAAAGGCCUCCAGGGGAUUCUGAUGCAUGCUAAGUUCAGAACAGUGCUCUAACUCAACAGCCUAUGGCAUAAUUCCAGACCAGGUGAAUCUCAGGUAUCAAUGCUCCUAUGACCUGCUUUAUCAGAGUACCCGAACCUUGGCCAUCUAGUGCCUAUUCUCCAAUUUAAACCAUCUAAAAAUAAAAAUAUUUUGUUUUACAUGAAGUAUUAAUUUCAAUACUGUGUAACUAAUGGGAACCACUGGUCUAAAAACUUGAACUUGUUCUUUUAAGAGGGAACCACUUGCACAGCAAACCUGUGCAUACCUGUUUUUCUCCCUAGUGCCUUUGAAUACUUUUUCAUUAAAGAGGAAAUCAUCUGGCCUAAGCUAUAAGCUCCAUAAUGGCAGAGACAGUCUUACUCAUCUGUGUAUUCUUUGCAAAGGACCCAGUAUAUAAUGGGUACUCAAUAAAUGUUUGCUAAGUGAAC